AUGAAUUUUAAAGGAGAACCAGAUGCUAAAGGAUGGUCAAUUUAAUAUUUUGCUGAUGAUUAAAAUUUAUAAACAUAAUAUCUUGAUUUAAAAUUAACGAGAGAUUAUUCUAAAAGUGUAUGAAUUGAAUCCUAAAAAUAGUAAAAAACUGUAUUUGUUAAUGCGUUUAAAACUAUUUAGUGAUACAACAGAUGAUGAAAAAAAAGAAGCAUUAAAUUUUGAUAUUUUUUAAAUAAUUAAACCAAGAAAACCAUAUAAAGGAGCAAAGACUUAGGAAUCAAGAGAAUCUGCAUCAAAAAUUCUUGAGAUUUUAAAACUAAGAGAUUAUUAUUCAUUUGAUGGUCAUGAAUAUAGUGAGAUAUCAAGUAAAUUCAUUUAACAUAAUGCAAAAAAGGAGCCUUAUAUUAUUUGGAAUAUUAGAAUGGAAGUUCUAUCUAACUUAGAGAAUAUGAAGUACUUCAAGAAAAUUGAAGAAUUUUUACAAAAACAGAUGAUAAUAUUAAUGUUAUAGUUUUGUUCAUUAUGGUUAAAGAAUUGGGUUGGUUAUAUAUUGAAAUUCAUAGAUUAAGAGAAUUAUUAUUUUAAUAACGUAUAAUUAGACGCUAAACAUAUAAGAGUAAGUUGA